ACCCCUUGGACCCUUACCCUCAUACACAUGUACCUCACCCUCCAGAUCCUUGCCAUGGCCACGAACACUACAUCUUCUGCAGCACCCUCCUCGCUAGGGGUCAUGACUAUCACCCUACUGUCAGUGGCUCUGGCUGUGGGACUCCCGGGCAACAGUUUUGUGGUGUGGAGCAUCCUGGUAAAGAUGCGAAAGCGCUCUGUCACUGCGCUGCUGGUGCUGCACUUGGCCCUGGCUGACUUGGCCGUAUUGCUCACCGCCCCCUUUUUCCUCCACUCUGUGGCCCGAGGCACCUGGACCUUUGGCGUGGCCGCCUGCCGCCUGUUUCACUAUGUCUGCGGAGUCAGCAUGUACGCCAGCGUCCUGCUCAUCACGGCCAUGAGUCUGGACCGCUCGCUGGCCGUGGCCCGCCCCUUCGUGUCCCAGAAGCUGCGCACCAAGGCUGUUGCCUGGUGGCUGCUGGCAGGCAUCUGGGUAGGGUCAGUGCUGCUGGCCACGCCCGUCAUCGUCUACCGCACCGUGAUACAGACCAACGAAAGCCUGGUCUGCUUCCCAAAAUACGACGGCUUGAGACAAAAGGCCUUCCACCUGCUCUUCGAGGCAAUCACCGGCUUCCUGCUGCCCUUCCUGGCCGUGGUGGCCAGCUACUCCGACAUCGGGCGCCGGCUGCGCGCCGCGCUUCCNNCCCGGCGCUUCCGCCGCAGCCGCCGCACCGGCCGCCUGGUGGCGCUCAUCAUCCUCACCUUCGCCGCGUUCUGGCUGCCGUACCACGCGGUGAACUUGAUCGAGGCCGGGCGCGCGCUGGCGGGCAAGACCGCCGCGUCGGGGCCGGCGGCGCGCAGAGUGCUGAUCGCGCUGGCCUUCCUGAGCAGCAGCGUGAACCCCGUGCUGUACGCGUGCGCCGGGGGCAGCCUGCUGCGCUUGGCCGGCGUGGGCUUCGUCGCCAAGCUCUUGGAAGGCACCGGCUCGGAGGCGUCCAGCACCCGGCGCGGGGGCACCCUGGGCCAGACGUUGAAGGGCGCCCCGGCACCCCCUGAGCCUGGCCCAGCCGAGAGCCUCACUGUUUCCACCAACCCUCUCCAGUGA